AUGGGUAUCCCUAAGUUCUUCCGCUGGAUCUCGGAGAGGUACCCCCUCACCUCCCAGCUCAUCACACCCAACAACAUCCCCACAUUCGACAACUUGUAUUUGGACAUGAACGGAAUCAUCCACAACUGCUCCCAUCCCGCAUCGUCAGAGAACGAUCCUCACUUCCGAAUAACCGAAGAACAAAUGAUUCUCGCUAUAUUCGCAUAUAUCGAUCAUUUGUUUACCAAGAUCAAGCCGCAAAAGGUCUUCUUUAUGGCGAUUGACGGUGUUGCGCCGAGGGCCAAGAUGAACCAGCAGCGGAGUAGGCGGUUCAGGACCGCACGGGACGCGGUGGAGCAGCGUAAGGAGGCGGAGAGGAAGGGAGAGAAGUUGCCAGAGGAGAAGGCGUUUGACUCGAAUUGUAUCACGCCGGGUACUCCAUUCAUGGCUCGUCUUUCGGCGCAUCUCAAGUAUUAUGUCACUAAGCGCAUCACAGAGGAUGCCGAGUGGCGGAAUGUAAAGGUCAUCCUGAGCGGACACGACGUCCCAGGAGAAGGCGAGCACAAGAUUCAGGAAUUUAUCCGUCUUACCAAGGCUCAGCCCGACUACAACCCCAACACCAGACACUGUCUGUACGGCCUCGACGCCGAUCUCAUCAUGCUCGGCUUGCUGAGCCAUGACCCCCACUUCUGUCUCUUACGAGAAGAAGUCACCUUUGGGCGGAAGACCAAGAAGUCUACUGGCCUCUCCGGGACCAACUUUUUCCUCCUCCACCUAUCCCUCCUCCGAGAAUACCUCGACCUGGAGUUCUCGUCCCUCACCGCCCAAAUCCCCUUUGGGUAUGACCUCGAGCGCAUCAUUGAUGAUUUCAUCCUGAUGGGUAUUUUCGUCGGGAACGACUUUUUGCCCCAUUUGCCUGAUUUGCAUAUCAAUGAAGGGGCGCUCGAGCGGAUUUGGGGGAUAUACAAGGAAAUUCUGCCGACGGCUGGCGGGUACAUCAAUGAACACGGAACGAUCUCGUUGCCCCGUCUUCAGAUGAUGUUGGAUCGAUUGGCGCAGUUCGAGAGGGACAAUUUUGAGGAAGAGUUUGCCGAUGAGAAUUGGUACAAGGGGAAGCAGCAGAAGGAUAUUGAGGCGAUGGAGAAGGCCAGGAAGAAGGGCAAGAUGGUCAUCACAAAGGACCAAAAGAAAAUCUACACCUCGCUCAAAAAGUUCGUCUCCAAAAACAAGUCCAAGCCGACCGCAACCGAUCGCUGGACAUGGCCUAACGACCUCGCCGCGCGGGACCGGCGAUUCCUCCAGGAAUUAUCGGACGACCUGCACCUCCACCUCACAUGGGACGAGACGGACGAUUAUGGGCAAAACAUCAUCGUCGCCACCUUCAACAUGGAGGGUGUAUCUGAGGACGGCGAGGACGGGGAAGCGGAGGGAGCAGAAGAGGAUGGGGAGUGGUCGGAUGCGGCCGAAGAUCAGCAAGAGGACGAGGGGGACGUAGCGAUCCAGCGUGUGCUGACAAAGUACGAUAAAGCCAAGGUGGUGGAGAAUGUGGAUGAGAACUGGGAGGAUACGUACGAGGAGAAGAUGAAGGUCAAGCUGGAAGAGUGGAAGAAGACUUAUUACAAGGACAAACUCGAAUGUGAUACCCCCGAAGAAAGCCGGCAGGUCUCGUUCAAGUAUAUCGAGGGGUUGCAGUGGAUUCUGAAUUACUACUACAAGGGAGUGUCGAGUUGGUCUUGGUUCUACCCAUACCACUACGCACCGAGGAUCACAGAUCUGACUCGAGUCGAGGAGUUUGACUUCAAGUUCGAAUACGGCAAGCCGUUCACCCCGUAUCAGCAGUUGAUGGGUGUGCUGCCGGCCGAGAGUCAGGAGCAUGUGCCCGCGGUCUACCGAGACUUGAUGACUGAGGAGACAUCGCCCAUCAUCGACUUCUACCCGACCAAGUUUGAGCUGGACAUGAAUGGGAAGAAGCAGGAUUGGGAGGCGGUCGUCAAGAUUCCGUUCAUUGAUCAGGAGAGGUUGUUGAAGGCUAUGGCUCCUCGGGAUGCCCGUCUCAGUGGGGAAGAAAAGUCUCGAAACAACGGCAAUGUCCUCAGCACUCAAUUCACCUUUGACGACACUGUCGCCUCAACCUAUCCCUCUUCGCACCCCGGUUUCUUCCCCGACAUUGUCGCCUCGCGAUGCCGUUCCGGCCCCUUUGACCUUCCUACCCUCGGGAACGGCGUCGACCUGAUUCACGGUCUUCUCGAGGGCGUACACCUCGGUUCUGGCGCCCUCGCGGGUUUCCCCUCGCUCAACACGCUCCCGCACAACGGCGCGCUGGGCUACCACGGCGUAUCCGUCUUCCAGUCCGACUCGCGUAAUCAGAGCAUGGUCAUCACGCUCACGUCCCCCAAGGCCGAUCGACCCAAGACGGCCGAUAUCGCCAAGUCGAUGAUUGGACGCAAGACGUAUCAUGCCUGGCCAUACCUGCACGAAGGGAUGGUCGUGGCCGUCUCGGACGACAUGUUCAAAUAUGAGUUGCAACAGAUGGGCAAGUCGGCCAAGGUGAUUAGCAACCCCCAUAAUCCGUUCCAGGCGGUGUCGUGGCGUAAAGCAGCGGAUCAUGCGGAGCAUCAUCAGAGUAAGCGGUUUGGAGUAAUUACGGGGCAUGUGGAGGUGGUUUUGCAUGUGAGGCCGUUGAAGGGUUUGAAGAGGCUCGAUACGGGCGCUCUGGUGAAGGAUUAUGAAACCCAGGAGAGGGAGUUGGUCCAGCCGUAUCAGCUUGCUGUGUCUGAGGUGGCGUUUGAGGAUGAGCGCUUCAUGGAGAAGGCACCGCCACCGCUCAAGGACGAGUUCCCGGUCGGCGAGAAGGUCAUUUUCUUGGGCCAUAUGGCUUAUGGCGCGGCUGCUCAAGUCACCUCCACCGGCGAGAAGGCCAUGGAUAUCAAUCUAGCUUUCUUCCCCAACGAAAGCCGCGAGAAUGCCGAAUUCACCCGAAUCGUCACACACCGCCCUGCUGGCCGGUACUACCCCUCGCCCGUCCUCUGCCGCCGAAUCGGAAUCUCCGCCCUCUCCCUCUCGCGUAUCACCUCGACGCUCCUCGUCCAGCUCACCGACGGCUCCAAGACCAAUAUCGGUCUUGCGCUGAAAUUUGAGAGUAAGGGUUUGAAGGUACUGGGGUACUCGAGGCGGAAUGACCGAGGUUGGGAGUUUUCGGAGGUUACGGCGCAGACGCUGGAAAAGUACAAGGCGGCGUUUCCGGAGCCGUUCCAUUACUUUGAUUCGAGGGGUGGAGAUAUUGUUACUUCGUCAGAGCUUUGCCCGACUGCUGAGAACCCGGACUCGGUCAUCAAGGAGAUGAAGAAGUGGUUGAAGGCCGAGGGGCUGGUCGAUAUGGAGCCGGUCUCGCUCUUUGCGGAGCAGCUCGAGAAGGAAACCGUCAAGGCUAUUGAAGCCCUUGCCGACUCAUUCCUCGUCGCCAAGACCCCCGAUAUCAUCAAGCGAGCGCUCGUGCGCGGUAUCCCACGCCAAGCGGCCCUCAAGCCCGCUCAUGCCAAUUACCGGCUCCAGGGCCAGAGCUUCUCCAUUGGAGACCGGGUCAUUAUGGUGCAGGAUGCGGCGGCGGGCGGGGUGCCGCUCGCGAUGAAGGGGGUGGUGGUGGGUAUGGGGAACAAGGAUAUUGAUGUGGUGUGGGAUGUGCCGUUCAUGGGUGGAGAGACUCUUCAGGGAAGAUGCUCAGACUACCGUGGCUCCACCGUCAACUUUACAACCUGCCUGAACCUCACUCGACCGCAAUUCGCCAUCGGCGAGCAGACGCAGCCCGCUCCGGUUGGCCACCGUGCGCCAUUCAAGCCGCAGCUCGGACCCCAGCCUGCUGUCCAGAUGCAGAACUACCGGCCAGCCAACCCCUCUUCCCGGCCCGUCCAGGUCCUGUCGAAUCACGCUCGGCAACCCGCCCCAGUCAACGGCGGGAUGGGGUACGGCAAUGCCGCCAGAGGAAUCCGGCCCCCGCCCGUUGCGCCGCAUCAGUAUGUCGCCCCUGGCGCCGGCCAGCAGCAGCAACACCAGAACCACCUCGCUUCGGUCCUUACCGGUCAACAGCGGAUCGUGUCCGCUCAAAAGCAGGCGCAGGAGGGAAGGAUGGCGUACGUCAUGCCGCCUCGCGGAGCGCAUCUGCCCGUCAAGUCCCUCCCUGGACAAGGGAGCGGCAUGGCCAGUGCGCCCAAGCCGGCGGUUGUGAAGCCUGCGCAGGCGGCGACUGCUGCGGACCUGGGAGCGGCUAUUGGGCUGGUGCAGGUGCAUCAGGCCGGGCCUGUUCAGCCUCAGGCUCAGGCUCAGCCUCAUGUGCAAGAGCCGGUACAGAAUGGCGGAAGAGGCGGAAGGGGAGGAAGAGGCGGACGAGGUAUGGGCGGAGGGAGAGGCCGAGGUGGAAGGGGGAGGGGUGGAGCGGCCGCGGCGGCGGUGGAGUAA